CUGCGGGGAGGGGGGCACUCCUUUAGAACACCCUAGGGACCAUUCCUUUUGCCCCUGGUGAGGCCCUGUAUUCCCCACAGCCUCCACCCGUUCCCCUCCCCCACAGUCUUGGAGUGACCAGAGAAGCAUCUGGAUGGUCCUUUGCUGUCUGUCUGUCUUCCGUGUCAAGUUGUCCAUCAUUAUCAAUCACAAUUUGGGCCUAGGCCGGCUGUGCAUGGGGUGUGGGGAGCUCCAGGCAGGGGAUCAGAGGGUGAGGAUUGGCCAGGCUGGGCUUGCAGUGGCUGGGGAGAAUUUGAGCUGGUCGGGCAGCUGCUCCCUGCACUCCGCCACAGCCAGGUGACUGCUGCAAGACAGGUGCAGACCCAAAGGGCAGCUGAGGAACUUCCUCCCCUGCAGGUAAUGCCAGAGGAUCUGCUCUGUGUGCAAGUGACUGGGAGCAGAAGGGGGCGUGUGCAAGGACUGGGCAGGGCCCCUGCUUGCCCCUGGGAAGAGGGGCAGGGUCAGACCUCUGGGCAUUGCCAAGCACAGGCGCUCUCCCACCUCUGCUGUCUCUCUGCCCCUCCAAGGUGAAGGAUGAGGACCCUCUCUAGGUGGCAGCGGUGGUGGUGCUGCUGCUGCUGCUGUCGGCCGCCCCUGCUCUGGAUCGCUCUGGCUAUCUCCAUGGCAGUUGGCUUCACCGUCCAGCUCCUGGGGGUCUCGUUUCCAAAGAGGGUUUUCCUGGCUCCACUGCUCCCCACGCCUCGGGGCCCCUCAGCAGAAACUGAGGGGACAGGGAAGGAAGAGCCCGUUGGCCGCCUUCUCUCCUGCCAGCCACGGCAACACGUGGUCUUCCUGAAGACCCAUAAGACUGCAAGCAGCACCCUCAUCAACAUUCUGCACCGCUUUGGGGAUGCAAGAUCGCUGCGUUUUGCCCUGCCUGCUGGCUACCAGUUCAACUAUCCCAAACUUUUCCAGGCGUGGCACGUAAAAGGGUGGCACCCCGGGGGGGGCCCGUUCGACAUCCUUUGCCACCACAUGCGCUUCAACCUGCUGGAGGUCCAGAAGGUGAUGCCCCCAGACAGUUUCUAUUUCUCCAUCGUGAGGGAUCCAGCUUCCUUGGCUGAGUCAGCUUUCUCCUAUUACCGGGGUGUGGUCCCUGCCUUCCGCCGGGCUCGUUCACUGCCGGAGUUCCUGGCUUCUCCACAGAACUUCUACCGGCCUGGUGAGCGUGGCAGCCACUAUGCCCGCAACCUGCUAUGGUUUGAUUUUGGCCUUGAUCCACCAGCAAGCCCUGGAUUAGCUGCAAUCCAUGCUGCCCUGCUGGGACUGGACGGCAUUUUCCACCUUGUGCUGCUAACAGAAUAUAUGGAUGAGUCACUGGUCCUCCUGCGCGAUGCCCUCUGCUGGAGUUUUAGGGACGUGGUGGCUUUCCAGCACAAUCUGCGCAACCCAGAGGCAGUUCACCAGCUAGGGCCUGCUGACGCAGCUCGGCUCCGGGCUUGGAAUCAUCUGGACUGGCACCUCUACACUCAUUUCAAUCGCACUUUCUGGGCACGUGUGAAACACUUUGGCAGUGCCCGCAUGGCAAGGGAAGUGGCUAUUCUCCGGAAGCAACGGGCAGAGUUGACUCAGCACUGUUUACAGGGCGGGGGGCCACUGGAGCCAGGCCGCAUUGCUGAUGAGCGCAUCCGCCCCUUCCAGUUUGGGCAGGUGCCAAUCCUGGGUUAUGUUCUACAACCCAGCCUGGCAUCUGGCCUCCAGGUAGUGUGUCAGCGGAUGGUCACUCCUGAACUCCAGUACAAGGACCUCCUGGAUGCCAAGCAGUUUCCCCACACCUACAAGGCAAUGGAUCUCAGACAGGGAGGGGAGGCAGCCCACAACAACUCUAGGCAGCAGCCAUCCAACUGAAUGGCCCUCAUGCUCUGCCAGACUCCCCCACCAACCCAGGAUGCAACAGGCAGAGGGACCAUAUGGGAACUGCAGAGACAUGUGAUGCCAGACCAAUCAAAAGUCAUGAAGAUUUCCGUGUUUUGAAAUGCAAAAGGCUAUCAAUUCUUUCAAAUGCCUUGGGACUGUUUAAGACUCCAAGACGUAUGUAGGGGUCUAUGUACCCUCCCUAAAACCAGGCAUGCCUAGCAGCUUGACUGUGACAGGAGCUCCCAUAAUUGGAGAUGUCCAGGGAGGAUUGGUUGGAGGAUUUCUUCUAACUGGGCCAGGCGAAGCAGGAAUGCUCCCGCCUUGGCUAACAAUCUCUGGCCCUUCACUCAGUUCUCCCCCCAACAAAACAUCUUCCUGGCAGCCUAGCACUCUUAGGGUGAAGCAGUUGGUGUGCAAAGAACCCCUAGAUUGCCUAGUUCCAUCCUUUGACUGUGGAGAGCUUCUCCCCCCACCCACUGUCUCACCUGCAGAGGCAGCAACAGGGUUCAUGCCAGGAAGGCCAGGGGAAUCAGAGCUGCUCAUGGACCUUCCCUGGCUCUUCUCUCUGAUGGCCAUGUCCUUUUCUGCUCAGGAAAAGGUGUCUGCACCAGAGACUUCCAGGCAGAGAGGCCCAGCAGCAGGCCUCCUGGGCAGCAGGGCCAUUUUCUGGAACCCUGAGCCCAGGGUCAGAGGGAGGCCCAGAGCUGCAGGGGCUGUGGAGGCUCUGCUGGCCAAUGCUAGGAGAGAAUGAAGCUGUACAACAACAGAACUCGAGGACGAGGCCAGCAAGAUGCACAACCAACCCGUGAUGGGAAGGAAGGGGCCCUCUUUGAACAAAAGGUGAGGAAGCAACCACUUUUUCAAUAAUUAGUCGACUCUUGAGAGUCAUGUGAGCCAAUCAGGAGGAUUUAACUUAUGGAGAGUUUCAUAUACAAAAUAAUAAACU